AUGAUGACCAGCUUGCUGUAUGAAAAGCGUCCAUUAAAAAAACCUCGAAUAGGACCUCCUGAUGUAUAUCCUCAAGAACCUAAACAAAAAGAAGAUGAAUUAACAAGUGUAAAUGUUAAACAUGGUUUUCCUACAAUGACUCAUUUAAAUGAUGAGUUUGGAACAGCCAAAAACUGUAACAUAACUGCUAGUAAGGUAGGAGCAUAUUUUAAUGCAAUAAUAGCUCGCAAAGAGGAGCUUAGUUCAUUGCCAGAUUCUGGUAGAAAAAGGCAACAGAUCAAUCCUAAAGACAACUUUUGGCCAGCAACAGUUAGAACAAAAAAUGCAAUUGAAGCAUGGUUUAAAGAUUUAUCUGGUAAUAAACCACUAAUGAAUCUAUCAAAAAAGGCCCCAAAUUUUAAUAAAAAAGAAGAGAUAUUCAUGAUGCUUUGUGAAUAUCAGGUUCCCAUGAUACGUUCUGCAUGGUUUAUAAAAUUAAGUUCUGCCUAUACAGUUGCUGUAUCUGAAGCCAAGAUAAAAAAAAGGCAAAUGCCUGAUCCAACAACAGAAUGGACUGGCACCCUACUAAAAUUUCUGAAAGAUCAGAUUCCAAAACUCCAAGAAUAUUAUGCUCAAACAGAAAAACCUCAAAGUACUCCUAUUUCAAACCCUACCAAUGAAACUGAACAAAAACUUGCAAUGAAACAUUGGACAUAUUGCAUUCGCCUUUUAAAGUAUAUGUAUGAAGAAGGGUUACUUGAUAGACAAGAAGUUCUUAAUUGGAUUUUAGAACUUCUAGACAAAUUGAGAUCUCAGCCUUCAGAGGAUGGCAUUUUAAAACUUUAUCUUCCAUUAACCAUGCAGUAUUUAGAAGAAUUUGUCCAAUCAGAACUCCUUUCUAGGAGAUUAUCAUACUUAUGUACUAAAAAACUUGGUUACAUGUUGAGUAAUGUUGCUGAAAGUAAUCUUAUUACUUCCCCUCAUUCACAAAGCGAGAUUAAGCCUGAUAUAAAGGAAAUUGAUAAAGAAAAGAAAGAUAUAUCACAAAUUAAUCCCAUUCAAAGUACCCUUAUUGAGUACCAGAAUUGUCCACAUCACCGUGAUAUAGUUUUACAAUUAAGUACCAUAAUUCAAACCAUUGUUUUGGAAUGCCCAACUUCUUUAGUAUGGUGUGGUGCAGGAAUAGGUUCUGUUUGGCAUGGAUCUCCUCUAGAUCUUUUACCUGUUUUACCUUCUACUUUACCAAUGCCUGCCAGAUUUGAUGCCAAUACUUACAGAAAACAAAUUAGGCAAAGUGAAAACAGUAUUAGGGAAAGAAGUAAGAAAGCAGAAAGCAGAUGGUGCAGUGAGAAGUGGCAGUCUUGUUCCAAAGGUACAACAACUGCAAGAGUUUUAGCAGCUCUUGAUGCUCUUGACAGGCAUAGAUUUGAUAGGAUGGAUGCCACCAACUCCUUGGAAACUCUUUAUACGAAGGUUUUUAGCGGGAGCAACGAACACGAAAAUGCGGUUGUUAAACUCCUAUGCGAGUGGGCAGUCUCUCCAGAGAGGACCGGUGAAUACCGAGCUCUUGCAGUUGCUGCAUUAUUAGAUCGUAGACAGUCGGAUACUUCAUCUGGAGCAGACCAAGAUGCUGGUACAAAUGACGACAAAGACUCGAACAGUUCAAUACCAGGAGGUCCUCCCAUGUUUCAGUCAUUAUUAAUGAAGUUCCUAGACACCGAUGCCCCUGUACCCUCACCCGAUGACACCCCUCAAAAAAAGACAGCCUUUUCAAACCUUGUUCAUCUUUUUUCUGAACUUAUUCGAAGAGAUGUCUUCUCUCAUGACGCCUACAUGUGUACCUUAAUAUCAAGGGGUGAUCUUUUAGGUCACGAAGAAACUACUGACCCAACCACUAUAAAAAUGGAGGAUCACUCCCAUGGAAUGGACUAUGAUGAUUCAAAAAUUGAUGACGACCUUGAUAAAAUUCUGCAAAACAUCAAGGAAGAUCAGCAAAACUCGAUGGACGUCCCAGACAGUCCUAAAGACCAGGAUCACCCACAUCACUCCCACAUUGCUGGCUCAGUAGGGCAUGUACCAAUGGAAACUGAUCACAAUGAUCACAAAAUAAAACCUUCAAGACAUCUUCUAUAUACGACACAUUUUCCACUUGCGCAAGACGACCCUUUUUCUCAACAUGAUUGCAAUCAGCGUCAUGUUCUUUUAUAUGGUGUUGGUAAAGUUCGAGACGAAGCUAGACAUACGGUGAAAAAGAUGUCGAAAGAAAUAUGCAAAUUGUUUACAAAAAAAUUCAGUAUCGAUGUGGCCGAAGGUGGUAAAGUGAAAAAGCACUCGAGAAACGAGUUCAAUUUCGAAGCAACCACUCAAAAGUGUCAAAGUUUAAGUUAUUUCGACCAACAUGUAGUAACAUGGCAAUGUAGUGUUAAUGUGAUUGAAAUGCUCAAUUCUUUCGCAACAGGCAGUUCAUAUUAUCUUCCUGUACAGGAGCAUGUUGCCUUUUUGUUUGAUCUAAUGGAAUUGGCGUUAAAUAUUUAUGGUUUGAUUGAUGUAUGCAUACAAAUCCUUAAAGAACUACCAGAAGUCGAAGCACAACUAAUGUCCAAAAAUUCAAAUUUAGCUAGGAAUUACACUACUUCGCUUAGCUUAUAUAUUGUGGGCGUUUUGAGGAGAUACCAUUGCUGUCUGUUGUUGUCACCUGAACAAACGUCGGCAGUGUUCGAAGGAUUGUGCAGCGUGGUGAAGCACGUUUCGAACCCCUGCGAUUGCAGUUCUGCCGAGCGUUGUAUUUUGGCCCACCUUUACGACCUAUAUUCCUCUUGUAGUCUCCUUAAAGCAAAACCCCAUACUGUAGAACCUUUUAGCAAUGCCUAUCCAAAAAUUAGACAAGCGCUCUACACUGCCCUUCAACCCACUCCUAAUAGUGGUUAUGUUUAUAAUCCGCAGUUCUUGCAAGAAGUGUUCUUAAAUCCUAGGAAGGGAGGCAAAAUAGACAGCUCAUGGGCAAGACAAAUAUGCGAAAAUGCCAACAACAGGUAUUCUUUUGUUAGUAAUGCUGUUAUAUACGUUUGCCGAGAAAUUGAUAAUGAACGUUUAAAUGAUCUGGCAAUAAUGUGUGCAGAAAUGACGGCAUGUUGUAAUUCACUUGCUCCUGAAUGGCUGGGUGCCCUAUUGGCUCUCUGUUGUCCCAUGUCCCAUCCUGGUUAUUAUACGGAUAUAUUAGCCAAAUUAGACAUACAGGAUGUCAGCAUACAUAACGCUCUCGCGGUUUUCACAUGCAUACUCAUAGCUCGUCAUUGUUUUUCAUUAGAAGAUUUUGUUGGACGAGUUGCACUUCCAAGUCUGCUGAAGGUGAAAUCAUUGGAUAACAAUGGUUCGGUUGCCGAGAGUGGCAUGCGUUUGACUUGUCAUCUUCUACUCCGUCUCUUCAGAACCGCAGAGGGUCCCCAACCGGGGUUAUAUUCUGUUGGUUCGCCUGCUCUAAACACCCCAAGACCGCCGUUAGGAGUAAGGCUAAGUUGUGAUCGCCAUCUUCUGGCGGCAGCUCAUAGGAAUAUACACGUGGGACCGGUGUUAGCUGUAUUAAAAGCAGUUCUUGUUGUGGGAGAUUGUACCGCAAAAGAAGGCACGGAAUUAAGUAUAUCACAUAUUUUAGGCACCAGCGAUCUGUUGAGUGGAGGGGAUGGGCCUUCUUUGGAUUUGGCGUUAGAUAUGGAAGUCUGCAGUUCCAGGACAGCCCAUAGACAAUCCAGUACUGGUAAUGGUGAAAGUACAGCGUCUCUUUCAGCAUUCGCAUGUCACGUUCUUCGUGAAAUAUGUUCGCAGCAGUGGGUUUUAGAACGUUGUUUGAGUCAUCCAGAAGAAUUAUGUCACCACGACAACCUUUUGGAUCCUCUUCUUUCACACUCCCAAGCUCAAAGACUGCUUCAUAUGAUCUGUUAUCCAGAUGCGAGCACUACUUUGGACGAAUUAGAUCAGAAGAGCAUGAUCAGCAGGAUACUUGAAAAUUUGGAACUGUGGACAUUAAGAAUGUCAUGGCUAGAUUUACAACUGAUGUUCAAACAAUUCAACAGCAAUUCGUCCGAAUUAAACCAGUGGUUAGAAACUGUUGCAAAAGCUGCAAUUGAUGUUUUUCAGUUGAAUACAGUUUCGAAUUAUCAAUACAACGAUGAUAAAAAGGCCGACAAAAGAAAUAAACAAGGAUCAAUUUGGCUGGUAGCUCCUUUGGUUUCUAAACUUCCGAGUGCCGUACAGGGCAGAGUUUUAAAAGUUGCUGCUCAGGUUUUAGAAAGUGGUGGUUGGUGUAAAGAUCAGAAAGGAAAAAAAACUGUAGCUGAAAAUCAAAGUCUCCUCAGUCAUCACCCGUUUUUGAGUCUCGUCUUGAAUUGCUUGAAAGGUCAAGAAGAAGGGCAAAGGGAAGGACUAUUAUCAUCACUUCAUUCACAACUUUCUCAGCUGGUUUCGUUAGCAAAAGAAGGUAAUUUAAUUGAGAUAUGUAAUAACGAACGUACGCUAGAUGGUCUUCAAUUAAGAUUUUCUCUUGUGGGAGGAGUUUUCGAAGCAAUACAAAGAAGUUCGGCAGCAUUAACUGACUGGGCGUUACUUUUCGUUCAACUUAUAACACACGGACUUAUCGAUCUCCACACUCACAGUGAACUUUUUACUACCGUAAUAGACAUGCUAGCAACUUUGAUACAUUCUGCCCUUGCCUCAGAUAGUCAAGAUGAAGGUAGAAAAAUGUAUCAAAACUUAAUGAAAAAACUCAAAAAAGAAGUGGGAGAACGACAUAGCGCUUCUCUACAGCACAUCCGACAACUUUUACCUUUACCUCGACUUACUACGGAAAUAAUUGCUGUUGAACCCGUGGGAUGUUUAACAGACAGUAAAGGAAACAAAAUCAGCUUUGAUAGCAUUGACAAAAAGCACGGAUUACAAGUUACAGAUAAACAACGAGUAAGCAGUUGGGAUUUACUGGAAGGCAUGAAAAACCCCGCUCCGUUGUCGUGGGCCUGGUUUGGAGCUGUUCGAUUGGAACGAAAAUCAUUAUCGUGCGAAGAAAACCAUCGACUCUUACGAUACCAUACCCACAACUUACAGAGGCCUGUUUCUCACUAUUUGGACCCGCCUCCCUUGCCACCAGAAGACUUAGAACCCAUUCCAGAUAAACCGGCUGACACUCCAACGUCGGUGGAUCAAAGUCCUCGUAGCGCUGCUAUGAGUAAAGGACGUGGUAAAGGACAAAGGAGACCACGGAAGCCGAAGUCAACCUCUAAUCAAAUGGCCGGAGCGCCUAUGACUAUGGGUCAAUCUGCUAUGGCACAGGGACAAACUUGCUUACCUAUGCAAGGUAUGCAAGGACCUAAUCCUCAAGUUCCACAUAUAGGAGCUUAUGGGCAAGGUGGUGGUGCACUUCAACAACAACCAGGGCAACAGUUUAAUACUGGUCCUGGUCAGCAACAAUGGUACAACCAGCAGCAACAAACUCAAAGUUUCUAUUCUCAGCAAAUUCCCAACGUAAAUCGUUUUGAGAGGCCUCAACAGAUUAAUCAAUCAAAACAGGCUUUAUCUAAUAUGUUGCGUUCUCGUCAUCCGAUAAAUCAGUUUAUAGGACCCGGCAGUCAGACUCCUGGACCAGGGCCGCAACCUUCCGGAUAUGGCCCCAUUCAAAGGCAGUUUCCAAGACAACCUAUACGACAGCAACAUCCUUCGGCUAUGCAACCUAAUCAGGGGAUGUUUCCACAACAAUAUGGUAACAUGCAAGGUGGCAUGACAGCCGCUCAACAGUACGGGAAUUAUGGUGGAGGUCCGGGACCUGCAAUGAUGCAAAACAAUAUGCAAGCAAGUCAACAGAUGAUGCAAGGAAGUCAGGCGGGAAUGUUUGCAGCAGGGGGACAGCAACAAAGCUUCACUCAGACAAGACCUGGCCAACCUGACUAUCGCACUAUAAACCAGACACAAAGACCUCAAUAUAUGCAACAAGCUCCCAAUGUUACCAUGAAUACCAAUGUAGGCAUGAACCAGAUGGGCGCAGGACAAGGGGGUCCUGCUCCUCCUUAUUCUCGAUCUGCAGGUCAAUCAUUACAAGGUGCCCAGCAAAAUCAAUUCCAACAACAACAGCGAAUGCGUCAGCAACAGAUGUUAGUCAUGCAACAGCAGCAACAAGGUGGCCCUCACGGUACACAGCCUUCACCUGCUAUCGUUGCUCAACUACAAAGGCAGAUGAAUUCAAAUCCUUACCAACACCAACCUCCCCCUUACAAUAUGGGGUAA